AUGUCUACUGUUACCGAAGGAAAGGACACCAUCAAGUUUGUCGAUGAAGAGCAAAUCAAUCAAGCUGCUGCUGAUGCCGCUGCCUCCACCCCAAAUGAAGCAAAGGAGGCAAAGGAAGAACAAGAAGAUGCUGCUUCCGCCUUCAACCCAGAGACUGGCGAGAUCAAUUGGGAUUGUCCAUGUUUGGGUGGUAUGGCACAAGGCCCAUGCGGUGAAGAGUUCAAGGCUGCUUUCAGCUGUUUUGUCUACUCUGAAGCAGAACCCAAGGGAUUGGAUUGUGUCGAAAAGUUCAAGGGCAUGCAAGAUUGUUUCCGUCUUCACCCUGAUGUGUAUGGCGAUGAGAUUGAUGAUGACGAUGAGGAGGAGGAGAAAGAGGAGCCUGUUGGUGUUGUGACAGAGGAGGUUGUUGUGGUAGCUACACCCAACGAGGACAGCAAAGAGGAGGAACCCACAACUGUCGCAUCCUCCGCAUAUGAGGAGGAACCAGCAAGCUCAUUCUCUUCUUGGGUUUCUUCCUGGUUUUAG